AUGUCAGUGACUAUUCGCGGCAUCGAGUUUCAGGAAAACCUGAACAAUGAUAUGGGCGUUGAAUUCUACAACCUGUCCCACCGCUACGGCUUUCAGUGCCCGAACUGGCCCUAUUUCCAGGAUGUCCAGAUCGACCGGAAGCACUACAUGGCGAAAUCCGGCGUGCUCUCACAGACCAUCACGACGACGAUGCACGUGACCACGCAUAUUGAUGCGCCUGCACACGUCGUUCAGGGCACACCCUUUAUCGACGAGGUUCCGUUGCCGCAUUUCUUCGGCUCCGGACUCGUGGUCUCGAUUCCCAAGCAAAAGUGGGAGCAGAUCACCGGCGACGAUCUGGAAAAGGCUUGCGGCCAUGCCAUCCGCAAGAAUGAUGUGCUGAUCAUCAACACCGGCUGGCACAAGCAGUAUGAGGACGGUGACUACUUCGCCUAUUGCCCUGGACUGGUUCCCUCGGCCGCCGACUGGAUGGUCGAGAAAGGCGUCAAGGUCGUCGGGCACGACACCCAGGCCAAUGAUCACCCGUUGGCAACGGCAAUCGGACCGCAACGGAACGGGCCGAUCAUGCCGCACCUGGAAGCCGAAUACCUUGAAUGGUCAGGCGGUCGCGACUGGAAAGACGAUUUUCCCGAGUGGGAACCGGUGCACAACACGCUCUUUUCCAACGGCAUUCUCGGCAUUGAAAAUGUCGGCGGUGAUCUUGAUGCGGUCACCGGAAAACGCUGCACAUUUGCCUUCUUUCCAUGGAACUGGGAUCGCGGAGACGGCUGCAUCAUUCGUCUCGUCGCAAUGAUCGAUCGCGGGCAACACUACCGCAUAGAGCCCGGCGAAGAGUUCUGA